AGAGGAGAAGGGGGGAUGUCGUCGACGGAAAAGGGGACUGCUGCCGCCGUCACAUGCCUCGCCGUUGCCGUCGAUUUUGCCUGGAGAAGAUGCGUGGGGAGAAGAGCCGUGGGUCAAGCCAGAGAUCGCCGAGGGGGAGAGGGCUAUUGUCGCAUCUGCUGCAGGCUCGCCAUCGUCGCCAUCAUGGAGCCUCGAGGAGGCCGUCACCGGUGCGAGCUCGCGGAGGGAGAGAGGGAGCCCGCGAAGUCGCUACUGAGCCGCCGUUGAUGUGAGGAACAGAACACGCGAGAAGGGUUCGAGGCUGCGCUGUUAGCUGCUUUUAAAUCCGAGGAAUAGAACCUCUUCUGCUUCUGCUAUCAUGUCAUCGUCUGCCCCUCUGGACGUCGCUGCUUUUGAAUUGAUAUCGUGUCCUAUCACUCGGAUACCACUGCUAUUAAGAGGCAUUGAUGAGGAAGAAGCACAAACCCUCCACGAGUAAUACCACUGCUAUGAAGAGGAUGAUGAGGAAUCCUUAUGAGUAUCACCACAAUCUGGGUAUGAAUUACACACUUAUAACUGACAAUCUCAUUGUGGGAUCCCAAUCACAGAAACCUGAAGACAUCAAUCACCUCAAGAAGGAAGAAGGUGUGACAUACAUUCUGAAUUUGCAGCAAGAUAAGGAUGUAGAAUAUUGGGGAAUAGACUUGAAGUCGAUAAAAAGGAGGUGUCACAAACUCGAUGUUCGAAAUAUGAGGAGGCCGGCAAUAUACUUUGAUCCAAACUUCUUACGAAAUAUUCUACCUAAAGCAGUUUCAUCAUUGGAAUGGGCAAUCUCAGAGGGAAAAGGAAGAGUUUAUGUGCAUUGUACUGUUGGACUUGGAAGAGCACCAGGGGUGACAAUAGCUUAUUUGUUCUAAUUCUAUGACAUGAAUGUGAGUUCUAAACUUCCACCUAUCUUUGAUUCAAGAAAUGAUUAUCAAAUUUGAUAUUGUUAAGUGUAAUGUUAUGGUUGCACUAAUUUUCUAGCUCAUGUUAUGGA